CUGCCGCUGCAGGAGAAAGGAAGAAGGGGCUUUUGGUUUCUCUGAAGUGUAAGUCCUAAUUUUGAUGGUCACAGGGUUGAUCUGGAGGCCUGACCUGAGGGAGGGCUUUCAGUAGGCAGUACAGUCUUUGGAUUUGGGGGGCAUUUUUUUUUACCCUGAGGUGGAAAUAGGGAUGAAGUUACUAAUGGAGAGAGAGCUGCUGCAGCAGACGUGGCAGAAGCCUACCUUGCAAUUUGAACACGAAAGAAGAGCAGCCUGUGGAUUGCCCUAUACUACAACGUAUUCCACUGAGCGAUCUGAGCACUUUAAGCCAUGCAAAGACAAGGAUCUUGCAUACUGUCUCAAUGAAGGAGAAUGCUUUGUGAUUGAAACCUUAACAGGAUCACAUAAACACUGCCGGUGCAAAGAGGGCUACCAAGGAGUCCGCUGUGACCAAUUUUUGCCGAAAACCGACUCAAUCUUGUCAGAUCCAACAGACCAUUUAGGAAUUGAAUUCAUGGAGAGCGAAGAAAUUUACCAGCGCCAGGUGCUGUCUAUUUCCUGUAUCGUCUUUGGCAUAGUCGUAGUGGGCAUGCUUUGCGCAGCAUUCUACUUCAAAACAAAGAAACAAACAAAGCAAAUUCAUGAACAGCUGAAAGAAACACAGAAUAGGAAAACCUACAGCCUAAAUGCUUCCAGCAUGAUGGCAAAGUCAGAGUGUAUGGCACAAAGCCGAGUCCAGCUGCAAAAUUACUCCAAAACAGAUAGGCAUCCUGGGCCUGCUCUGGACAAAGUCAUGGAGUCCAGCUUUUCAGGUCCUCAGUCUUUCCCAGAGGCUUUGUCUCCUGACAGAGGAACUCAGCCCAUCAAGCAGCACAGAAGUCUCUCUUCAUGCUGCAGUCCAGGACAGAAAAGUGGGAUGCUACACAGAAAUGCCUUUCGGAGGACUCCUCCCUUACCUCGGGGUAGGUUCAAUGGGAUUACAGGACCAGCGUAUCAACAGCUAGAAGAGUCCAGGAUCACAGAGCAGGACACAAUACCUUGUCAUGGGUAUUCAUCUAGUGGUUUAAAAACUUCUCAGAAUACUUCAAUAAAUAUGCAACUGCCUUCAAGAGAGACAACCCCUUAUUUUAAUAACGUGGAUCAGAAGGACUUGGUCGGAUACUCAUCUUCAAGGGCCAACUCAGUUCCCAUCAUCCCAUCUGUGGGCUUGGACGAAGCCUGCAUGCAAAUGCAAAAUGUUUCUGAAGUAACAGGCAUCAAAUGGUGCAAAAACUCCUAUUCAGCUGAACUUGUCAAUGUGAGUUCCCCUGUCAGUAAUUGUCUUAUAGCAGAACAACACGAAGUGAAAAUAUUGCUAGAAACUGUGCAGGAGCAGAUUCGGAUUCUGACCGAUGCGAGGAGGUCGGAGGACUUCGAACUGACGAGCGUAGACGCGGAGAGCAGCGCGAGCGAGAACACCGCGUUCCUGCCUAUGAGCCCCGUGGCCAAGGCAGAUCGAGAGGCACAAUUUGUCUUAAAAAGUGAAACACAAAGAGACUCAGCGUUGACCAAGUGACUUUGUGUGGGGGUCGCAGGAGGGGGAAUAACAGAUCUGUGCAUUCGAUGCUUUGCUAAACAGGAAAGGAGGAAAUUAAAUACAAAUUAUUUAUAUGCAUUAAUUUAAGAGCAUCUACUUAGAAAAAACCAAAUAGUCAAUCGCCCUCAUAUCAUAGUGUUUUUUAACAAAAUAUUUUUUUAAAGGAAAGAAAUGUUCCGGGAGGGAUAAGGCGUACAUCAGGUGCUUUCUAGGCAGGAUUAUACGUACAGUUUCAGUUCUAGAGUAUUUUAACACUGUCCUGUUUGGCUGUAAGAAGGCUUAGGCUAUGCAUCCUAUUUUCAAUAAAGGCCAAGACCGUUCUAAGAACCAUUCUUGGUUUCAGGGCAGCACUGCAGUGAAUGCUGGCCAGGGGUGCAAGUUCGAAAACCCUAGCACAGACCCAGUCCCCCCUGCUCUCAGUUCUAGGUUCAUCCUGAGGGAGGAGACACACAAACAUCUCAUUCUUGGCACUAACUGUGGAAUGACCGUAAAUCCUUAAUUGAGCCAGAUGCUUGACUCUCUACCUUACUUGAGUGUGUCAGUCAGCUUGAGAAGUUCAGUGGAAACUUUUAGCUUUGGGUCAGGCCAAGCCUGGAGAGGGAUUGAGGCCUGUGGAGGUGCAGUGGCCCUGUGGCUGCUCCAUCUUCUAAGCUUUGUCCAUCAGAGCUUCUUGGUUGGGGGAAGAAGAAGAACAACGGAAACUCAAAGUGCAGAAGCACGCGCUAUGGCAGGUUUGGGUUGGUUUAGUUUUUAAGAGUGGGAAUGUAAACUCUGCUGUUCUUUACCGAUCCCUAAACAUUUCUAAACUGAUAAACUUUGAAGGCAUUUGUACGCUCUCAAGGAGCACUUCUGAGUAUAUGUGUAUUUUUUUUAAAACUUAUUUUUAUUAUGGGUUAUUCAGAAAUAAGUCUGGGAGAUCCAACACAAUCUGAGGCCAGCCGGUAGGUGUCCAUACUGCCCUAAUUUGAUCCCGCUCUCAGUUCUCUAGUCACUUUAACGAAUUAUGGCUUUGGCUUGUGAACUUUAAAACUCCAACCCUGCAGGUAGCUCAGUAUGGGCAUACUCAGGAGCAUGCAUGCAGUUGAUUCUGAUGGGGCUAUACGUGAGCAGGUGGUUCCAGCAAAUCAAUCCCUGCUGCCUUAGAGAAGGCCUUAGAGAAGAAAUGUCGGUUCCUGAUUACAGUAUCCCAAUCAUAUUAUAAGCUUUUUUUUUUUUGCAUUUGCUUUCUUUUGAGUCUCUCUUCCUCCCAAUAAAUUGUAACAUAAUAUGCCAAUAAUGCAAUGAUUUGGGUUCAGUGGCUCACGUGUUACUGUUUUCAUUGUUAUUAAAAUAUCUGCUUAUCUGUGGGGAAAAAGAAUAUAAACUAUGAUAAAUAAUUACUAAAUAGCCUUCCCUGAUAAUGUCAGAAGAUUGAUUUAAAAAAUUAACCGUAUAUACAGAAUGUAUUAAAAUAUUAUUUGCAGCAAAUUAAUUGUUAAAUUUAUUAGAUGUGCCCCAGACUUUCCAGUUCACAAGUCUCAAGACUUCCAAAAAUAGCACAAUCGGUCACACAGUGCUGUUGUAUGUUUAGUCAGAAUAAAGCAAUAUUUUAACCUCUGUCAAGUAAAUUUGAAAAAGAAAAUGCUGAAAAUGUAUGCCAUUUAUUUUGUGCCUAGCUGAGGCAUUAAAAAAAAUCCUCUUCACAAAUCUUUAUUCAUCAAGUCUUACUUUGGUUUUCUUGUCUUUUUUCUUUUAACUUUUUGCGUUGUUUUUUUUUAUUAUUAUUUUUGUUUUGUGUGUGUGUGUUUGUGUGUUGUUUAGUUUUGGCUUCUUUUUUUUUUUUUAAGAUGAUGAAAUUGUCUCGUUUACAGAACUUUCUAUGGCUGUAAUCUUUGCUGUGUGUUUUCAAUAAAAGUCUGUUUGAGGGCAAAUUAUGCUUUAUGCCCAGGAUGGAGCAUGCCUCACUCAGACUCCUUUCUAAAAAGCUGUAGAGCUCUUCUCAUAGCAGGAGGAUAAAGCUGUAGGCUGGGAUCCCCACAAGGAGUGGUCCCUCCAUGCCUUGUUUCUGCACUGCAUAGUGGCUGUGCACAAUCUCACUGGGCUGAGCUGCCUGUGCUGGCAUGGCACAAAACCCGCACCAGACAAAGAUGGGAAGUUGAACUAUGUGCUAAGUGGGGCUCAGCUUCACAUCUGCUCAGUUGUGUGACUUUUCUGUUAACACCAUUUGUAUCUUGCCAGCUCAGGACAUAAGCCAAGUGAGUGUGCAUCUACCCAUAAGUGAACACACCUGUAAUUUAAAAAAUGGCUUCUACAUAAAGCUCUGAUUCAAUAAUUUGUGAAGCAUGCUCACAAUUAUUUGUUAAUUAUUUGUUAAUUAAUUUCAUUGAGAAAUGGUAUCUCUGCAGUAAAAUGCAUAAUCUUUCAUAAACUGCUCUGUCAACACCAAAUCUUUUCAAUCCAGUUGUAAGGCCUACUUGCCCCCAGUCCUACCAAACUGUGCAAACUCUCUUCUGGCGAUGUAUUGGAAACACACUGCAGGAUUUCUGUUGAAGAAAGAACUAUAUCAUAAGCAAUGCCUUUAAUGAGACAAUGUGUUCACUGAGCACCCCCAAAAGACCCAGAAAAAGGGCAAGAGCAAUGUACUUUAAUACAAUGAAAUGUUUGACUGAAUGGUUGAUGGAGACCUGAAAUGGUGAGGAUACCUUCAGUUCAUGUUAGAGAUGCGAUCUUGUAUUCAGCAAAGGAUGUGUGACUGUUAUAUGUUAACUGUUCUAUUCAGUUUUCAGCAUGUUUGAAUAGAGAGACGUUAAUAUUAACCAUAUGACAGACUAGUGUAUUAUUUGUUAAGAGUUAACACUUCAGAUCCUAUUGAAACUGCCGUUGUUUACAGAGGAAAAGAAAAUGAUUUUCAAACAUUGAAACAGGUGAACUUAAAGUGAUUUGUGUGUUUCUCUAACGCAGUUAUUUUCCCCAUGGACCCUCCUAUUUUACAGUGAAUGGGACAACAUUUUCUCUGAGGUCUCGCAAUUAGGUAUGUAGAGGACACAAAAUAUUCCAUAAAGUUGCACUGAGCCAGCUGAAAUGGUAGGCCAAAUUCUGUUUUGUUUCUGAAUCUAAUGAUCCCAUUGAACUCAGUGGAUCAGAAGGGAUGUGUCAGUGUGAAAACACAGUUUCUUCCUAAAAUGGCAUCUAUUCCUGCCCUUGGAAUGAGACCGAAAUCUCCUUAAAAGAGGCUCUGAACUCUGUCAUUUACCUGUAACAUAAUUAAAGUUAACAUCAGUCUUGUAAAGUUUGAGUGUUGUCUGGUAUGAAUAUUCACAUGCAGAGAGCAUUAAGCUCAAGUAAACUGAGAUAACAGCUAGUUAGAUGAAGCUGAACUUUCUCUGAACUUAAAGGAGAAACACUGCAUCUCUUCAGCAUAAUGCUGUGGAGCAGAAUUGGGAGUGCAAUACAUAUCUCUUUUGUUUUUGUGGGUUUUUUUCAUUUUGCUUCUGAAUAGAAUUUCAGCCCAAACAACCCCAAAAAGCAGUAGAAUGAUCCCAAUAUUUGAAGUAGGAAAUGUGAGUGAGUAUGGGCACAUCUCACGGUGUUAGCCACUAAAAAACUUCAAUUCAUCCACUAUCCAAAGCUGAAAGUUAAUUCUUGAAGGAUGAUGUUUUAAUGAACAAACAUUCCAGUGAAGAAAGAGCUCUUCAACUUGCUUUUGGCAUCUAGUCACCUGCCAGGCUCUCAGUUGAUGUUCUCAGUGCAAUAAUGAUAUACUAGCAGAGGAUCACAUCUCAAAUCUUUUCUACUCUAUAUCCAAUAGAGUGUCACAAAUGUUAGUAGUCUAUUGCAAGAUGUAAGGGCCACUACUCUGAUGUAUGGAGCUAUCUUUAUUCUGCUUAUGAAAAUUAUAGCAGUAUGCAAAGCCCUGUCUAGAAUACGGUGUGAGGUUCGUAAGAUGAGUGCCCGGUGUGCCAGGUCCAUCCUUUUACAAGGGCUGAGUAUCACUGACUGGGCUCCAGAAGCGGUUAGCUUAGCACCACUUAAAGGUGCUGAUUCAAAUAUUAUUCAUCAAAAUCUUCUGAAGCUUCUUGCUUACGUUUUAUAAAAACAGUGAGACUGUGGCAGGUGCUAACACGUACCUGCUCCUGAAUCAAAAUUCAAACAGAUAGUUUACGUAGAUUUAUCUUGUAGGGAGGGACAGAAGUUGGGAUUCCUCUUUCCAAUUCAUGCCCAGCUACCCUCAGUCUACUUAUGGACAUUACUUGAACUCUUUUAAGAAAUUAUAUGAAUAAAUACCAAAGAAGAACUCUGUCAGAGUACUAGCUGCAGCAAAUGAAAUUAAAGCUUGAAGGAGCAAACCCAGAAUAAAAUCUUAUUUUUAUGACAUAAAUAUACAUUUCCUUUCAAUGAAGUGUAGUUUCCCUGCAAACUUUUUUUCACUUGGGAAAACAAUGAGUUUAUAUGAAUGAUUUGUUAUCUUGGCAUCAAUUUAAAAUCUUCAAGGAGAUUGGGAAAAAGUAAAUACUAUAAAGUAUAACAUAGUUCUGUAUCUUGCUGGAAAUAUAAGAGGGUGCAGACAUUUUUCCUUUUAUACUGUAUUGUCACUGUAAGUUGACAGUAAGGUUAUGAUCCCUUUGUUCUGAUGUCUAUUCACAUGAAAACAACCAGGAUGCUCCAUUUUCAGGUUUUAGCUUUCUUAGCUCUUCCAAAUCACAAUUAUCAAACUGAAUUUUUGUAUUUUAUGUAGCAAAGUUCAUAUAUGAGAUAAAAAUUACAUGGCUAUUAUAACUUUGUUCUUACUGUGAGGGGGAAACAGCCAUCCUCAGUGUAUGCUGCACAGCAUAAAGAUGCUUUCCUCUUAGUGGUAAAACUCAUAUAAGCUGUUUAUCUUUGGAACUGCUAAAAAAAAAAUAAAAAAAAACCUACUUCAAUUUAUUAAUUGACCACGUUAGUAGUAUUUGAGGAAAGGAUAACUACCAGAAAUUCCUAAACUUUUAGUAAUUUUCUUUUCCAUUGAAUCCAAUGUUUUGAUUUAUUGUUACCAUAGCAGUUUCUUCAGUGACUCCUAAAGAGACCAAAUGGUGAGGCUGCACUGAUGGGAUGCUUAUUCUUAUUUUCUUGAAAAGAUUUAGCUCCAUCCUCUUUGAACAGCAGUCCUAUAAAAAGGGAGUGGUCUCCGGAUAUUCCAUAUAGCUGUUCUUCUGAAAUUUUUCCCAAAUGACGAACAAACUAAAAUCACAACAGCACAAUCUACAGAUUGGUUGGGAUUGGGGUUUUGUUUUGUUUUGAUUUGAUUUUCUACGAAGGAACUAUUAUAUUUUAUAGAUAUAAUGAAGAGCUUUUUAUUGAUGACUGAAGAAUGUAAAUUAAGUAUAGCAUACAUGUAAAUGGCAUGGAAAUUCUCCAUCUGUAGUAUAUUUUAGUAAGAAAUUCAAAAAGUACCAUGUUCUCUAGCACCACCAGGAGCAGACCCACAUGCAGCUUAUAUUUCUUUUUUACUUAACACCGCCCAUGUCUGUAACACACCGUUGUGGUGACCAGGUAUCUUGUCCUUUUUCCUUGCUCUUGCAAUGCAAGUUACACUUCUGUGCUGUCUGGUAGCCUCAGACAUCACUGGACUGGCAGUAGUUUAUUAUUUUUAUUCAUGUUCAAUUUUACUUUACCCUCAGAAUCAAGAAUAUAACUUGUAACCUAACUUUUGGGACAGUAGGGAGAUCUGAUGAGUAAAUUUAAGAUCCAAACUUUCAAAAUCAUAUAUGCAUCCAUUUGCCUACUGUGAGUAGUCCUAGAAAGGGAGUGUCCUAGGAAGCAGGAUUUGUGCAGGGUGCACUGUGGGGUGCUUCCCUGCCCUUCCACACAGCUAUCUGUUCUCAGCAGUUCCAGUCACAGAGCCUGCAAUUCUCUUCAGGUUUCCUUGUCCAUACAUUAAAUCCCACUGCUUGUAUGCAUAUGACUCAAGGUACUACUGCUUGUCUAACCUGGAUAUAAAGGUGGCCAAAAGCAAACAAGAAAAGAACAGAGACAGUUUGGGCAAAGCCAGCAUUUUCUUUUUCCCAUUGUCUCCUUGAUAAGUUAAUUUUGAAAUACAGAGCAUUUUGUUUCAAACCCACUGGUGUUUUCCCAUGAAUUAACCUCUUGACCACUUGUGUUGCCUAUGAAGUGGCAUGAUGCUGUAAUUUGUGGACAGUACUUGUUCUGGGAUGAGGAGUAGUGUCAGUCAGAGCAAAGCCUCCGACUCCUGCAAAGAACCAAAGACCAGAAGCCAUCUGAAGUGACACUUCAACUAUGGCUUUGAGCUGCUCAUUCAUACUAAAGUAGGCUAAGAAAGCUAAGACCCCUGUCAUGCAUUACACUAAAUAAUGUAAAUAAUACCAGCAUUUAUAAAGCAAUCAGAAGAGUAAUGAAUAGCACACACUGUUCUAAGUACAUCGUGUUUUGAAGGAAUAUAGAGCAUGAUUUCUUAGUUGUGAAAAUAUUUGGAAAUGAAGAAUACAGAUUACAGGACAAGAAUACCAACCAAAAAAAAAAAA